AAAAUGAGACAAUUCGUGGUUCUAUUCGCACUGGCUCUGGCCUCAGCCUCGGCCAACUUGAUCCCCCAGCCGGGAUUCCCUGAGGGGCGCAUCAUCAACGGCAAUGAGGCCCAAAAAGGAGAGGCGCCCUACAUACUCUCCAUGCAGACGACGUUCAAAUCGCACUUCUGUUCCGGAGUUCUGCUCAGCAGUACGACCGCCUUGACUGCCGGCCAUUGUAUUCUGAGCUACCCUGAAGGUCUACUGGUUGCCGGAGCCCACAGUCGCCUCAAUGAGGAUAGUGUACAGACCAGAAAGUUCGACAGUUCCCAGUUCGUGGUCCACGAGGAGUACAGUGGUGGCGUGGGACCCAAUGACAUCGGUCUGAUUCGGCUGAGCAAGGAGGACGCCUUCGACCUGAACGCCGUGGCCCGGGAUGGCAGCAAUCCGGUGGGCGUGGUGAGUCUCCCGCCCAAGACAUUUGAGAGCACUGGCGAUGGAUACCUCUACGGUUGGGGUCGCGACAACUCGGGAUCGCUGCCCACGAAUCUUCAGACUCUGAAAGUCGACAUCAUAGGGUACACAGCCUGCCAAGCCGCAAUGCCCGUCACCGCCCAGGUGGAUAUUUGCAAUGUGUGCACCUACACCGCUGGAACAACCGACGGAGCUUGCAACGGAGACAGCGGCGGCCCUUUGGUCAAGAAGACCGAUAACGAAGCCUAUCUGAUUGGCAUCGUAUCCUGGGGAUUUACACCCUGUGCAUCCACCUACUACCCUUCAGUGUACACAAACGUAAUUCACUAUCAGGAAUGGAUCGAAGAGAACUGCAACGACAAUGAGUAG